UUUGUCUCGGCUUCUUCCCUUCCCCUUUUUCUCUAAGCUCGCCUUUCUCUCUCUCUCUCUCUCUCUCUCUGUCCCUCCUUCUCUGAGCUCUCUCCUUUAUCUCUGUUUCAAAUCCUAAAAGGUCCAUCUUUUAGGGUUUGAUCCCGGUGAGCCGAAUCGGGGAGGAGCCGAGGAUUCGUGUUGAUUUGGGACCAAUCUCAAAACGCGAUCUUUUGGGCGUUUCGUUGUAUGGAAUGACCGAGUUUUUGGAUCGGCAUUUACUUUCUCGUGGACCUUUCUUCUGGGAUCUAAAUGUGGCGUUGAGAUGCAUAUGACGACACUCUCUUCUUGUGAAAAUCGAAAGCAAUUUUAUUUUUUUGUCGAUAUUUUACGUUCAUUCUCAUUCGUGCAGCAGUUUGAUCUCUCAGCACUUGGCUUUUAAUUCUUUAUUUCUGUUGCACUUUGUUAUGCUUUGUUCAAUCUCACCAGUUUGGGUCUGUAAUAAGUUGAUGGCGAAUAUGAGAGCUGCUGCUAACAUGAGGAGCUCAGCGCCCGGUGGGAAACAGUCGUUUCUUCCUCCAAGAUGCCCUCUUCCAACCGUAUCCCCAUCCUACGGUGACUAUGGAUCUAUAGGACCCAGAGGCAUCCCAAGACCAAAAGAUGGUCAGAGACACCAGCGUACUUCCUCUGAGAGCUUUCUCAUUGAGGAGCAACCUCUGUGGCUCGAUGACUUGCUUAAUGAACCAGAGACGCCGGUGAGGAGAGGAGCUCAUCGUCGUUCAACAAGCGACUCUUUUGCAUACUUGGAUGGAGUCAGUUUGUCCAACGUUGGUAGUGUAGGUCAGGAGCAACAGAGCUUUCCAGCACUAUCUCCUUGGAUGUCGCAGGAACUCAAUCACCAUAAAGAUGUAGGACAUUUUUCUUAUUAUCCAGAGGCAAAUUCAUCUGGAAGGCCUCAACUCAAAGUAUGGGAAUCGGCCGCGGAUGUUGUCAGCUACCCUGGCAGCACUCUCUUGGCAAACAACAAGACGAUUCAUCCCCAGCCAUCCUGUGUUCAGACAGAAUCUGAUGGAUUAAACCCAGAUGUUGUUGAAAAGAAUGAGCACCUAGAUGGUGUCCAGGAUAAAAAGGGUCCCUUUGAAAUUAAGGAAGACUCUCAUUCUAAGCAGACAGAGAUGGAUUCAAAGCGAGUUAAACAGCAAUAUGCUCAGCGCUCCCGUGUCCGGAAACUGCAAUAUAUUGCUGAGCUCGAGAAACACGUCCAGGCCUUACAGGCAGAGGGACUAGAAGUUUUUGCUGAGCUGGAAUUUCUGGAUCAGCAAAAUCUUAUUCUAAAUUUGGAGAAUAAAGCCUUGAAGCAACGACUGGACAGUCUGGCUCAGGAGAAACUUAUAAAACGCCUUCAACAGGAGACGCUAGAACGAGAAAUAGCUCGUCUUCGAACACUGUAUCAGCAACAACAGCAGCAGCAGCGAUUCCAAGAACAGCCUCACCCUACCCAUGCUCGUCGUAGCAGCAGAGACCUAGAUUCACAAUUUGCCAAUCUAUCUUUGAAGCCCAAGGACAAAACUUCUGGGUGUGAAUCUGUCACUGGUCCUCUACGCUUUUAGAUUUAACUCUUCUGACCUACUGUGAGUUCCAGACAUCGUAUUUGACUUCUUCAUCCACCUACAUUUGUCGAUUGGGGAAGUAGGCCAGAGACUUGGACCUCACAGACAAGGCAAAUAACUCCGGAACAAUAACUGUCUGAUAUCUGCUUCCUUUUCCUCGUUUUGAUAUGUGCACCUGGCGGUCAUCUUCAGCUCAUACGACCAGUCGGUGGUGAUAGUAGCUCUUGAACUGUCAUGUUGGUUCCUUCAUUUCUGUAUUCUCAUGACUACCACUUUGUUUCAUCCCUUUUGUGUCAUUGUCAUCUUCACUCCAAGCUCACUCGUUCAACGUCUGGAUAAUUGGUUCCAUGAAAGGUUCAUGAUUUCGAAGGCACCGAUCCUUCCCUUUCGCAUCCUUGUAUCUGCAUUGUCAUCAAGACAUCUGCUACCAAUCUUGUUCAUGUUUGUGCAUCUGUUCGACACCGAAGAUCAGAUCAUCAAUUCAACCUCUGUGUAAGUCUUUGAGUUUAGCACUGUCACUAAUGGAGAUUUCAAGAUUUGUUGCCAACACCUUGAAUAUUAUGUAUCUGAUCAUAUUUUGAUGCCAACCAUAACCUAGAUUAGUUUGCUUACUUCAAUCAACUUAAACCUGAAACUCUCCACAGACACAACUGGUGGUAUGUUCUUUGCUUUGAUGGAAUGAACUCAGGCAGAUCCCUUGCUAGAUAAUUAGCUGCAGUAGUAGCUAGAAAUGUGUAUGGUAAAAUAUGCCCUGUGGUUGUUCACUAAGCUCAAAUUGCAGCUAUCAAUAAUGUUAUGAUUUUUGUGGGA